CUGAAUGAACUGGCGCUCUGAAGCGCGCGGACUCGAGGCACGCGUCGCUACACACGUGACGCACCUGACGACAACGGUCACAUCAACACCGAGCAUCACUGCACCAUGCAGACCUGCUACUACCCUCAGCUGCCUUAUCUCUCGGACCAUGCAGCUCUAUCAGCCAACCAAUCAUCUACUGAAGAUCUGCUGGACUUUGCCACAGAUGAGUGUCAGUCCACUGAUACACAUUUAAAGACACAUGAAGACCACACAGAUCUGGAUCAUGAUCUGGAUCUCUCUCUAGAGCUGAACAGACAGCUUCAUGCCACACUCGGGAGAAAGCAAGAGGAAAUAUCUGCCCUGAAGGAGACAAAUGCCCAGCUGAGAAAUCUGGCUAAACAGACUGAACAUUACACCACAAUAUUAGAUGCUCUGACAACAUCAUUCCAGAGAGACUCAGUAUCACACUGCACUCCUGUGAGGCCAACAGAGGAUCAUUCUUCUGAACACUCCUGGAUCUCUCUGCUGACACAAGAAGGACCAUCAGAUCCAUCAUCCACAGCUUUAACUAACUCCAUCACCACUGACAAACAAAGGCCAACAUCAGGGGUCAAGCGGCAGCUGUGGUCCAGCUGGAAUGACCUUCUCUGCGAAGAUGCUGAGGACCAGCUUGAACUUUCCGCCAGUUCCAAGCAGCCCAGGCUUGAAAAUGAACUUGUACAAGUAGACUUGGAGCAUCUGAAGGCCCAGCUGGACCAGGUUGAACAGGCUCCUCAGCAACUAAGUGAAGAUUCAGGCCUGACCCAGAAUCAAAUCCUUGAGAUGUCCUCUGGAGGGAUGAGUGCACAAAGGGUGAACAUUUUUGGGGCUUUCCAUGGGCUUCGAGUGGUUACACAAACCCCAUCUGUCAUAUCUGAUCUUAACAUGAGUGGAGAUGAUGGAAAAGUGUGCUUUAAGACCGCAAUCAGGGACCACAGUACCGUAAAGACCAAGGUUUUUCCACAUGGAAAGGCUUUCACCUCUCACACACCAAGUGGAUCUUGUAGGUUCCUUUGGGUUCCUAAUGAGCACACUGAACAGCUUUAUGAUUAAAAGAGCUGAUUUUGUGAAAAAUCAACAGUAUUUCAUGUAGAUCAAAAGAACGUUGUUCAGUUUAGACCAGGGUUCCUCAAAUCCUUCCCUGGAGGGCCAAUCUGCUGCAGAGUUUAGCUCCAACCCUGAUCAAACUCACCUACCUGUGAUUUUCUAAUGAACUUGAAGACUCUGUUUGAUUAGGGUUAGAUCUAAACUCUGCAGGAGUGGGCCAGAUUUGAGGAUGCCUGGUUUAGACCAAUAAAAGUCCUUAUUUGAGCAAGGCUGCUUUUGAAUUCCCACCAUCGGUCAACCUUUAAACUCCCUUAAAACUAAAGGUUCUUUAUUGAAUCAAUGGUUCCAUGAAGAACCUUUAACAUCCAUGGAACAUUCCAAUGCACAAAAGGUUCUUCAUAGCGGUAAAAGGUUCUUUAGUUUUAGAAAGUUCUUCACACCGUGACAAAAUGUUUCUUUUAAGAACUUUUCACUGAACGGUUUCAAAUGUGACUGCUCCUCAGCUCCUGUGACCUUGUGAGGAA